CCCCGGUCACGUGAGUCAGUUGUGCGACGCGCAUUCAUCCCAGGAUUCACGAUUCGUGAUUGAUAUCCUUGAUCUCUUGGCGCAAGCAUGCCAAGGAUCAUGGCGAUGCUGACCUGCAUGCGAUGUGUGCUCUGUGCCACCACCGCCAUGUCGGCCACGCAAUCGGGAGGCACUUCAUCGCGAAAGCAUGGCCAAGUGCGAUAGUCGACCUUCGCGUCCCGCCUCCUCGAUAGAAAGCAUUCGAGGUAUGGCGUGAACAGGCGAUUCGCUGGCGCCAGCGUGAAGACCUAGCCAUAUUGGCCUCCGUUACUUCCAUCCUUCCGGGCCAAAUUGCUGUCUCAUCGUCUGAUUCAGAUCAGCAGUCCGUCUUCAGCAGUGCAAAAGUAUUCCAGAAGAAAUCGCAGGCGGACAUGUACGUGCACAUUCUACCCACCACGGGAGCCAUCUCGUUUCAGGAUUUCUUACAAUCGGGCACUACCUUGACUUCGGAGCUGGCAAGGACGACGGAGCUGAGAGCUUCUUUGAGGUCCAUUCUCAAGGAGCAGAGGCAUGAGAAGAAGGUCAAGGUUGAGGACAAUGAUGGAGACGAGAGGGAAGCGAAGGUCACGGACAAGGAUUGGUUCAGAAUCGUCAAGGCGGUGGACGAGUAUCUGCCGCAUCUAUUUGGCAUCUUUAACUGCGUACAGACGGAUGAUCUCCUGCUGAGGCACGAGCCGCAAUUUUCAUGGAGGACUACCUUAUCGUCAUCCUCCUUCAUGCGCGAUGCUCCACGAGUAACUCUGCCCGGCCUGCACUAUGAGCUGUGCUCAGUGCUCUUGCUGUCCGGCACCGCGCUAUCCAACUUGGCGGCCUCGUAUGUUGCCUCACUCGGCGAUUACGAAAGAGACAGGCUACUGACCACAGAGCAGCGCAAGGCUAAAGACGAAAGGCUCAGGAUAGCUGCUGAUCUUUUGUGCAAGGCGGCGGGCAUCUUCGAGUACCUUGGAGAGGACCUAAUACCGCAGUGGGAAACGGUCGCUGGAAAGAUCGACGGCAGACCACCUGAUGUGACACGAGAGGUCACGCUAGCUAUGAGCAAGCUCGCAAUGGCAGAUGCAGAGUCGUUAGCCGUCCGCAAGCUCCUUUCGCCCUUCCUGUCGACAUCACUGGACACGAUUACGCCUGGUCCGCCUUUGCCAAAAACCCAUCCUUCCGCGUCUCUGUUGGCUAAAUUGAACCUGAACGUUUGCCAAAGAUACGAGCAAGCCAGAUCCCUGGCGCAAGUAGUGGGCAAAAAGCCGAGCAUGAAGAAUGUUGAUAAUCUUGCCUCUGAAGCAGAUGGGCUGCGACGGCCUGAACUGCGAGCGGGAAACGCAGCUUUCGGCAGCGUUGGAAUAGAUGACGACGCUCGACUUGAUUCGGCUGUUGGCGGGAAGGGCGGACAUCAAGUCGGCAGCAAAUUUGGAGGAGGUCUUUUGGGCAAGCUGAAGCCUAGCGUUUCGUCAGAUCGACCCUCUUCAGGCUCGGGGGGAGGUGCAUUCUCACUUGGUGCAGACGAAGAUCUCUCCGUUGGGUCUCUGCUGCUCAAAUAUCUCGCCACGCGCGGCUUGUUGGCCAAGGCCAGGGCGUACAAAUGGUUGGGCAUAGAUAGCGGCGAAGCGGGGAGGUAUGGAGACGCCAUACCUUUCUUGCGCACAGCGAAGGAGAUACUGGAAGACGAAUUGAGCACUAUACGUCGCUUUGCUCAUUUCAGAGACAAAAAGGGCAGAGAUGCGAGGGAAGAGCUCAAGAAGGAAAGGGAGGAUGAGUUUGCCAUUGUCAACCAUUGGCUAGCUUCGUACAUCAAGCUAAACGAUACCGUCGCUUUUCAGCCACUGACAAAGUCCACAGAGAUCAGUACACGCAUUCCAGCCGGUCGAUCGGCCCUCGUCAUAAAGCAUUUCAAUCCUCCAGUGCCUGCCUUCGGUCCAGGCUCGCCAGGCUACAUCUCUGAGAACAUGAAGCGUCUGGGAGUGGGAAAUGAGACUCAAGAGUCACAUGGAGCCAUGCUUGCUAUUGACAGAUCAUCCGGAUCUCCUUCUGAAGACAACCGUCUGGACUUGGGGGAAGUGGUGGGUGUCAUCAGACCCAAACCUAAAGAUCAAGAGAGGGACUAUGCUCAUUCCAUGCCGGGAUACUAUUAAACACAAUCCAAUGCGAGUCUUGUUCGAGCAUAACAGCGGUGUAUUGCACAUGAAAGGAGGGCUAGGUGGACUAUAAAGCUAUGAGGCGGUGUGGCACGGAGUGUGAUGGUGUUCUUAGCAAUACAGAUGCUUUGCAUGGCACAGAAGAGGGAACAGAGCGAGAUACU